AUGUCUAACAAGCAGGGAAAGAUGAUCAACUGGCGGAUGCGUGUCACGCUCAAUGAUGGACGCUCGAUGACCGGUCAGAUGUUGGCGUUUGACAAGCAUAUGAACCUCGUUCUCGCCGAUACCGAAGAGUUCCGUCGCAUCAAGCGCAGGCAGAACAAGCCCUCGGCACCUGGCGCGAGCGCCGGCCAGACCGUCGAGACGAAGGAGAAGAGAACUCUCGGCCUCACCGUCGUCCGUGGCGCCCACAUCAUCUCCCUGUCGGCCGAGUCCCCGCCCCCGGCCGACCCCAGCGCCCGACUCAACAAGUCUACGCCUGGCGGUCUCAGCUCGACACUCACUGCCGGUCCCGGUGUAGCAAAGCCUGCUGGUCGAGGUGCUGCCCCGCCCUCUCUUGCCGGUCCUGCUGCUGGUGUCGGUGGUGGACCACCCCCUCCUGGCUUCCCUGGCUUCCCUGGUGCUCCUCCCGGCUUCCCUGGUGCUGGACGUGGAGCUCCUCCUGGAUUCCCAGGCGCUGGCUUCGCUCCUCCUGGUGCUCCCACUGGUUUCCCCGGUGCGCCUCCUGGGGCGCCUCCCGGGUUCAACCCAGGCGGUCCGCCUCCUCCUGGGUUCAACCCUCCUCCCCGACGAUGA